CGUUAGGGGAUCCCCCUAGAAAAAAGCAAGUUUAAAAAUGCACGUAUAUGUUGCAAUAUGCAUGUAAGAAGCAAAUAUAGAACAUAAAACUAAUGUUUUUAUAGUGUUGAUCUAUAAAUCCUGAAUAAUUAAUCAAUACAAUUAAAGUAUUUUUUUCUAAUUGUUUUUGUGUUGGCAACUUCUACUGUGAUUUCAUUUUAUUUUAUAAUUCGUUAAUAUAGAAAAAAUUCAAAUCAAGAGAAGAAAUUAAAAAUACUAGAGUGUGAGAUGUAAUUAAAUUUUUUAGGCUCCUUUAGCGAAAAAGCUGUUGUUACUUUUGUGAGUCUGAAUACCUUUCUGCCCGUCUGUUCCGUUUACAUCUAAAAACAAUGUCGAGAAUAGCUACAGAGAGUCUGCUGUCUUGGUAUUUUAAAUAGGUGAAACAGUGUUGUAGAGUUUGUUUGGUUUCCAAUGUGACAAUGAAGAAAAAAAGCAAUGGUUUGUUGUCUUGGAAAUUAUUUUUAGAACAACAGACAAUGUAGAGAUAUGAAAGUGUAAAGACGUGUUAUUGUUGUCUUCUACGUCUAAAGCAAUUAAUAGUUUUUGACAAACUGACUCUGACUAUGCUAACCAAUGUUAGUGAAGGUGAGAUUCUUUUGAAUGCAUUAACUUCAAGUUUUCUCUCCUGGUUCUUCAAUUCGACAAACGAGUCAAAUAUGCAACAUGUCAACAGUGGUAUGUGAUUCAGACAAAAUGGAAACCCAAGAAGAAUAUAAUGUUCUGUAUGAUAAUAACGAAAGUCAACACUAUGGUGAUCAUGAAACUCAAGAGUCUGAAGAUGGGGAAGCUAAUCUGCCAAACUAUCUUGUUGGCUGUAAGAAGAAUCCAGGUCAUAGACAGUUUAUACCUGUUGAUACAUUCUCUUUAAAACAUUUACCUGAAGGUCUUCAAGACAUAAAUUUAUUUGACCUUAUUAAGGCUACUGCUGACCUGAUAGUUAGAGUAGGAGUUACAAAUUCCAGUCCACACAGACCAAAAUUUUGGCCGAAAACAACUCAUCCUUAUCCAUUUUAUAAUAUGAGUGACACAAGAAAGUUGAGAACUGGAAGUGGAAGAGUAUUUGAUGUAAAAUCGUUUCAAGAUGGAAUCAUACAGUAUGGAGGUAUAGAAGAUACGGCCUACACAAAAUGCUGGUGUACAAAAUGUUUAAAUUCUAACGUCUCAAGCAAUGUGUGGUGGGAGUUUUAUGUGUACACAGCGACACAUGUAGUUUGUGAUGAUUUUGAGGCAAGCCACACGACCUUGAGAUUGUUUUAUGAUACAAAUAAUAGUCAAGUGAUCAAUGUUGAUAAAAUCAAUGUUGAUUAUGUAAAUAUAGAAUACGACCUGUGUGUUUUAAAAUGUUUUACAUGUGACAAACAUGUUGGAAAAAAACUGACGGAAAUGUGUAAUUUAUUUUUUAUUAUAUUUAACAAAGUUUUUCAAAAUUACAAGGACUCAAGAGAUAUACACAAAUUAAACUUUAUAGUGUCACAUCCUCAUGGAUGUUCUAAACAGGUCAGUAUUGGUCAAUGGAAGGACAUAUACAAGGUUGACCUCAGUACAAAGUUUACUUAUACAACUAGUACAUGUCCAGGAAGUAGUGGAGCUCAUGUCCAGUGUGUAGGGUAUAAUGAAUGGUGGUUGUUAUCAAAUCUUGUUCACAGUGGAAGUUUAAAGUGUGGAUUAAAUUACAGUGGAGUCGGGGAUGUCUCUUAAGUUUUAAGUUUUUGUUAAUUUGUAUGUUUUGAUUCAAUAUUAACAUAUUUUUAAAAACACUUUACAUUUACUAUCCUGCAAUUUAUAUGUUUAAGUCCGCUGUCUAUGUAUUAUUUUUUAAAAAUAGAUCUAAAAUAUAGUUUUACUUUUUAUAAAUAAAUAUUGAUGUAUUUUUUAAUACUUAAAAUAUUAUACUUGUAUAUUUAUAUGU